AUCAAAUCCAGUCUCACCAUCCAUGGAGAAUAUGCAACCGGAAAACCACUCCAAAAAUAAACGGAAAAUCGUGAUAUUUUCCGCAUUCCUAUCUUUACUAGUGGUGGCCACCGUAUCCAUCCCCUUCGCCAACCACCACACGAGCGACGCAGGCAGACUGUUGAGGUCUGCCUGCGCCGCUGUAUUGUACCCGGAGCUUUGCCUCUCUACCUCUUUCGUCACGCCAGCUGUGGUAAGGUCCACUUGCGCUGCCACUCUGUACCCAGAGCUCUGCCUCACCACCCUGGAUGCGGCGGCCCCUGGGGCCGCCGCAGCCAAAACCAGCAGGGACGUGCUCAUCACCUCCAUGAACUCCACCAUCUCCACGGCAGGGGGCAACCUCAUUACCGUGCAGAAGGCGGAGCGCAGGCUGAGGCAGUCGCUGACUGCGCGCCAGAAGGCCGCACUCUGCGACUGCCUCCAGAUGGCCGACGCCACUCUGGAGGUGCUCCGACUCGCUGAGGCGGAGCUCGUGGGAUUCGGCUCCGAGGGCUACUCCCUCGACGCCCACAAGGACAACCUCCUCACCUACCUCAGCGCUGCCCAGACCAACCAGGACACCUGUCUGGACGGCGCCGACGAGCAGGUCCGCGACCUGCUCGUCGCCGGCCACAAGCACGUGUUCCGCCUUGCCAGCAACGUGAUGGCGAUAAUCAAGAACCUGUCGGACGCUGCUGACGAGGCGGCACCGCGGCUCAAGUCUCGGGCCAGGGAGGAGUGGCCGGAGUGGCUGUCGGAAGGAGAUCGGCUGUUACUCCAGGCGACGGCGGUGAACGCUGACGUGACGGUUGCCGCGGAUGGGAGUGGGAACUACCGGACGGUGGCGGAGGCAGUGGCGGCAGCGCCGGCGGGUAGCAGUCAGAGGUAUGUGAUUGCGAUAAAGGCAGGUGUUUAUAGAGAGAAUGUGAAGAUUGAUAAAAAUAAGAAAAACUUGAUGUUCGUCGGAGAUGGCCGGCUCACCACCAUUAUCACCGCCAGCAAGAACUAUAUCGACGAUGGGAGUACCUACAAUUCCGCCACCGUAGCGGUGGAGGGCUGCGGGUUCCUUGCCCGGGACAUCACAUUCCAGAAUGCGGCCGGGCCAUACAAGGAACAAGCCGUCGCCCUCCGCGUGAGUGCGGAUUUUACCGCCUUCUAUGCCUGCAGCAUGCUCGCGUACCAGGACACCCUCUACGUCCACUCCCUCCGCCAGUUCUACACCCAGUGCGUCAUCGUUGGGACCGUCGACUUCAUCUUCGGGAACGCAGCCGUCGUCCUCCAAAACUGUGACAUCAAGCCCCGGGUCCCGAAGCCCGGCCAGCAAAACAUGGUCACGGCCCAGGGCCGCACCGACCCAAACCAGAACACGGGCAUCGUGAUCCAGAAGAGCACCAUCACCGCCAACAACGACCUCGAGCCCGUGCAGGACAGCUACCCGACCUACCUCGGGCGGCCGUGGCAGCAGUACUCGAGGACCGUUGUUAUGCAGAACCAGAUUAGUGAUGUCAUCGUUCCGGCCGGGUGGCACCCUUGGAACGACAGCGACUUCGCGCUCAACACUCUGUUUUAUGCAGAGUAUAAGAACACGGGGAAAGGGGCGGCGACCGGUGGCCGGGUGAAGUGGAAAGGGUUCCAUGUGCUGACGAGAGACGAUGAGGCGCAGCCGUUUACGGCGGGAGAAUUUAUCAACGACGGGGACUGGCUGCAGGGGACGGGCUUCCCCGUCUCUCUUGGACUUUGAUUGUCUCAUGUUUGUGUGUAUUCAUGAAUAAUCCAUGUGUGUUAUGUUGUGUCCCUUGUCUUGUUUGUUGUUUCAUGUUUGGAUUUUAAUAAAAAAGCUUUUAUUGUGUUAAAA